AUGUAUCGUGAAUUGGGCCCGAGAUGUGAAAGCAUUGAUGUUAGGGUUGCAGAUAAAAAAAUACUUUUUGAUAUCGAAACUGGUGAUUGGGAUACAGCUGGCGCAGAAAGUGUGGGUGGAAUAGCGUCCAGUGGUGCUGCACACAAGGUUCGAAAACAAGUUGAAAUAUUAAAAGAAGAAAAUAAUAUGUUGAAGCUGAAAGUUGAUGUUCUAUUAAAUCUUGUUGCUGAAUCAAUAGCUGAACUAUCACCAACUAAAAAAUAA